GCCAGCGGCUGCGGCGACCGCGGCAGUGUUGUCCGCUCCUGGAGCCGGCGUGAACCCGGCCCCCGGCGGCGGGAUCCGGGUGGGUCGUGACAAGCCCUGCCUGGGCUGAAGAGUGCGGAGGAUGGAAACACGCACCCAGCAAUGUCUCUGGGCCGCCUCCUUCGCCGAGCCUCCUCCAAAGCCUCGGAUCUCCUGACCCUCACCCCUGGCGGCAGUGGUGGGUCUCCCUCUGUCCUCGAUGGGGAGAUCAUUUACUCCAAGAACAAUGUGUGUGUGCACCCGCCCGAGGGCCUGCAGGGGCUUGGGGAGCAUCAUCCAGGGUACCUGUGCUUGUACAUGGAGAAGGACGAAUUGCUGGGCACCACCCUCAUCCUGGCGUGGGUCCCCAACGCCCGCAUCCAGAGGCAGGACGAGGAGGCCCUGCGCUACAUCACCCCUGAGAGCUCCCCCGUGCGCAAGGCACCACGCCCUCGGCGCCACCGCACCCUGAGCGCCGGUGUCCCCCGCCAGGCCUCCCCUGUGGAGCCAAGGCCCGCCCUGAUCCCCAAAGAUGAGGACAUCCUGGUGGUGGCCCAGACUGUCCAGGAUGCUGUGCAUAUCAGCCCUUCUCCUGAGGACGGGGAGAAGCCGGCCCAGGGCCCUGGGGUGGACAGUCCCCUCCCUGCCUCACAGCCUGUCCACAGCGACUCCGGGAUCUUGUCUACAGUCAGUUCGCAGGAUGGGACGGAGGAGGGCCGGGAGGCUCGGCCCGAGGCUGGGGAGGAGGAAGGCUCCCUGGAGCUGUCUACGGAUGGUGUGAGCAGGGACAGCUCCUUCGACUCUGACUCAGAUGCCUUCUCCUCGCCCUUCUGCCUGUCGCCCAUCAGCGCGGCCCUGGUGGAGGGCAGCAGCUCGGCAUUCCUGGAGAGCGAGGGCAGCUCCCCCUGUAGUUCUGAUGCCAACUUGAGGUUCCCAGAGGGCACCGGGCCCCUGCAGAACCCACGCUGGGAAGAGUCGCAACGGGGCUAUGCACUGGAGCAGAUCUGUGGUGUGUUCCGCGUGGACCUGGGGCACAUGCGCUCCCUGCGCCUUUUCUUCAGCGAUGAGGCCUGCACCAGCGGCCAACUGGUGGUUGCCAGCCGAGAAAGCCAGUACAAAGUCUUCCACUUCCACCAUGGCGGCCUGGACAAGCUGUGUGAGGUGUUCCAGCAAUGGAAGUUCUGUGCCGAGACGCACCUGCAAGACCAGCAGGCUGCAGAUGAACGGACGUGCAUGCAGUUCUCCAUCCGACGGCCCAAGCUGCCGUCCUCGGAGACACACCCCGAGGAGAGCUCCUACCGCAGGCUGGACGUCUCCACCUGGCUCAGCCACCUGAAUGAGCUGGGCCAGGUGGAGGAGGAGUACAAGCUGCGAAAGGCCAUUUUCUUUGGCGGCAUUGACGUGUCAAUCCGGGGGGAGGUCUGGCCCUUCCUGCUGCGCUAUUACAGCCCCAAGUCCACAUCGGAGGAGCGGGAGGCACUUCGGGUGCAGAAGCGAAAGGAAUACGAGGAGAUCCAACAGAAGAGGCUCGCCAUGUCACCUGAGGAGCACAGAGCUUUCUGGCGGAACGUGCAGUUCACCGUGGACAAAGAUGUGGUCCGCACAGAUCGAAGCAACCAGUUCUUCCGAGGGGAAGACAAUCCCAACGUGGAGAGCAUGAGGAGGAUCCUGCUGAACUACGCCGUGUACAACCCGACCAUCGGCUACUCCCAGGGCAUGUCAGAUCUGGUGGCACCCAUCCUAGCCGAGGUCCUGGACGAGUCUGACACCUUCUGGUGCUUUGUUGGCUUGAUGCAGAACACGAUCUUUAUCAGCUCUCCCCGGGACGAGGACAUGGAGAAACAGCUGCUCUACCUGCGGGAGCUGCUGCGGCUGACACACCUGCGCUUCUACCAGCACCUGGUGUCGCUGGGUGAGGACGGCUUGCAGAUGCUCUUCUGCCACCGCUGGCUGCUGCUGUGCUUCAAGCGGGAGUUCCCUGAGGCCGAGGCCCUGCGCAUCUGGGAGGCCUGCUGGGCCCACUACCAGACCGAUUACUUCCACCUCUUCAUCUGUGUGGCUAUCGUGACCAUCUACGGGGAUGACGUCAUUGAGCAGCAGCUCGCCACGGACCAGAUGCUCCUGCACUUCGGAAACCUGGCCAUGCACAUGAACGGAGAGCUGGUGCUCAGGAAGGCCAGGAGUCUGCUGUAUCAAUUCCGCCUCCUGCCACGCAUCCCCUGCGGUCUGCAUGACCUGUGCAAGCUCUGUGGGACAGGCAUGUGGGACAGUGGGUACAUGCCCGCCGUGGAGUGUACCGGCCUGCACCCCGGCUCUGAGAGUUGUCCUUAUGGGGGCACCGUGGAGGUGCCUUCACCCAAAGCCCCAAAAGAUGGCAAGAAGGGCCCAAAGGCAUCUCGGGAAGGCUUUGGUUUCCGCAGAUAGAGGCUGCUGCCUGCCUAGGACAAGGGGUGAAGAGCCUCACCAGAGGUCCUAGCAUGUGGGAGGGGGUGGGGACGGGCGUGGAAGGGACAGGGAUGGUAAAAAUGUAAGAAAGAUGCCUUUGGGCAGCAUGAAGAGAACCAUUGCACAGUAAUGAUAGAGUCGGGAAAUGACAGCAGUGGGCCUACCAGUCGCCCAGAGAGAGGCUGGCUCCAGGAACUUGGGGGGCAGGAGUGCCUCUGGAUGCAGGCCACUCACUGGGCCCUCGUACCAGCCACGUUCGGUGGGCUUAGCGUGACCCAGGAGUUCUUCUUUGCCAGGGAAUGGAAAAGCAGGAAUAAGAGAAGGAAGCCUUAUUCACCCCCAGCACCAAGGGAUGCAGAAAAACAGGGUCUUCUGCCCAGGCACAGUGACAUCCCAGCAAGCCGGGCACUUCCACGUCCACCCCACACUCUGCCAGGAGCCAGCACGAGAGAGACAUCUGCCAGAGUGGCCAGGAGAGGUCUCCUGAUGCCAGGACCAGUGUUAAUACUGGGGACUGGGUCGGGGUAAGCAUUGUGCCCACGGGGGAAAAGAAGUGCCUGUCCACGAGCCAGAGCCUCAGGCCCCAUUGGCCAGAUAAUACCCCUUGGUUGGGACCUUCACCUAAGAUCAGAGGUGCUGUUUACGGUCAGCCCUACCAUAUACAGCAGCCAACUGGGGACCAAAAGGGCUGAAGCAUGCGUGUGUGUGUGUGUGUGUGUGUGUGUGUGUGUGUGCGUGUGUGUGUAAUAUUAAGUGACCAGCCAGCCAAGACCAGACACCUGAGCUGGCUGGGAAGGUUGGGCUAUGUCCCUCAGGGACUGCAGCCUCUGCCUGAACAUGGCCUUCCCAUCAGUCAGCUUCUCAGGUGGCUGGGCACAAAGGGCCACUGUCACAUAGCAGCACACAGGGCUCUCAGCUUCUGGGUGGGAACGAGACUUCCCAGCACAUUGUCCUCCAAAAGGCUGGCACUUGCUGCUUCUGGGAGAGAGUGAUGGACAAGCCACACUUGUGACCUGUGAUGAGCGCUCUCUCAGCCACACAUGGAAAGCCACACCUGAAGCAGUGGGAGUGGGGUGCUUGGAGCCCUCUCCCGAUGUCACCCAGGGGCAAAGGGUCCUCCUGUGCUCAGCUCUGUCGUGGAAGAGUGGGCACUGCUGGACAGUGCCACUUUCAAAGGAUGUUUGUCAACAGGAAGGAGAGGAGUCCCUGUCACCGGCCCCUCCCUUUUCUGUUCUCAUAAGCCUGGUCCUCUCCUCAGGAACCUUCAGAUUCCCAGGUCCCUCUGUCCAGGAGCCCUGGGGUGGGGGUGGGACUGAGAAGCCCAGUUACUGUGUUGACCUUGAGCUGCUGACCUGACCGAAAUGAUCUUGCAGCAGUGGCCCUGGGAGGUGAGAUUCUCAUCUGUUUUGCUUCUGAAAAGAGGGUUGUUGGCUCCUGACAUCCUGAUAAAAUAGCUAGAGCAAACCAGGCCUGUACUGCCCCAACCUCUGGGAGCUGGACCCUGGAAACAGGUAUACUGUCAGCUACCCCUUCCCACAAUAAUAUGCUGUAGCAAAUAGCCCCUAAACCUGGUGGCCUGAAACCCUGUGCGCUUAGCUCACACACAGAGAGGUGCUGGUCACAGUCCUGGGGGGGGGGGUCUCAUCUCCGUUGGACUUGCUCAGCGUUGAGGUCUCACCGACUGUGGGGUCCCAGGGAGGUCCAUCCCCGGUGGGGGUAGGUCUCUCACAUCCCUGCUGCUGCUGUCCAGUCCUACUGGGCUGUGCCUUUCCAAGCCCUGCAGACAUUGCACCUGCUAACAUCACUGUGGCUAAAGCAGUCGUGUCGCUGGACUUGGCAUCCUGGGGUUAGGGCCUGGCCCCUCUCCUGUAGCGGCCCAUCUUCGUGUCAAGUAGACAAAGCCUAAGAAUUCAUGAGAGGUAAGAGCCAGGAUGACCCUUCCAAUCUCCUUCCACCACUGUUGCUGCUACCCCAUGUCACUCCUUGCUGGAGAGGAAGAACAGUGUCCUGCCCUCCCCGCCCUGCAGCCUGACACCUUGAGCCUUUGGGCUGCCAUAUCUGGAGGAUGAGAUGAAGGAGGGGAGCAGGUGGAGUGGCAUCUUUCCUGUCUCAGCCUCCCCAGGUUCCUCCCUGGCAGUUCCUAAGACCUGACCCAGACCCACCAGCUGCAUCCUUGCCAGGUGCCACCCCUGCCCCUCCCCCCACCCCAUGGGCCGACACAGGUCCAGGAGACAUCUGCACCUGUAGACCAGCUAGGGUCUUGGAAGCCAGACCUGGUAGUGUCAGUGGGAGAAACCCUGCUGGGGGUGGGGAGCGGGGUAGAGAAGCCCUCCUUCACGCAGCUCCCUUAAUCUGGAUGCAAUUAGAGGAAACCAGCCAAAAACCCUGCGGCAGCUGUUACCCCAGGAUUAUUCCCAGCCAGCAAAAGGCAUUAGGGUGAUAAUUCAGUCAUUAGACUCCAAGCCUUCCCACCGCCAGGACGUGCAAAUAAGGGGUAAUCAGCCCAGCACUGCCAUCCUCAGCGAUGCUGCUUAUUUAACCCAUUUUUUAAAAUGACACUUAAUGUUAUUGGCCGGUGUGCGUGUGUGUGCAUACUUAAAAGUUGGCGCUCGGGCCAGCCCCGCCACUACUGUCUGUGCUGACAAUGCUGUGUGAUGUCAUCCGGGGCCUCUGGGACAGGAGGGCACCUUUGAUGUGUGUAUCCAGGCGCUAGCAGGGCAGUAGUGAGGCUUGACGCCUGCUGCCACCGAGGGAAGUCCUGCCGACUUCUCACUCAGGGAGAAAAGCGGAUGCCAGGGGCUCAGGAGGGGGACACACCAACAGGAACUGGAAGAGCUCUGUGACCAGGCCAGAAGGGUGUUUUCCCAGGAUGCGGGGGACACAGCGCUCUUCUGGAAGGUUCUACCUCAAGUCCCAGCUAGGAAGACUCACUAAUCAUGUCUCAGCUCACCUCUGCAGAAAAGCAGGGCCCGGAGUCCACACGGGUAGCCCUGGGCCUGGACACUAUUCAUACAGCAUCCUCUCGAGCAGCCGAGCCUCAGGCAGGAAGGUCGCUUAAAUCUCAGAAGCAAAGGUGUCAGCCUCAGAGCCUGUGUCACACCCUGCUGGAUGAGAGACCACCAGCUUUAAAAUGGGAGCUACCUUUUGCCUUGGACUGUGGCCAGGGCUGGCAGAGGGCACCUGGCUCUUACCUUUGAUAAGUGGUUCUGGAGGGGUGGAUGACCGCAAGGAAGUGGGGUGAGGACUGUAGAUGGGGUUUCAGUUCCUGGAAGGUCCUCAGAGCUCUUGUCUCCUGGAAAUGACUGAAAGAAGGUGGCCUCAGGGAAUUGGGGAUCAGCUCAGGCUGUGCCCUUCCUAGCCUCCCUCCUGUCCAGCUGCUUCUGCUCUCUGCAGGGGGCUGGUCCUGGACACUCUGAGCCCACUGAGAAGAGGGGUGCCACCUGAGACAGUGGUGGACUGGCUGCCCAGCUGGGCCCACCCAUCCCUGAUGUCCCUGGGAAUAACCCUAGAAUCUGAGAGGCCUGGGGCUCUAGCCCCGCUACAGGGGCUUCUGUCCUCAGCAGAAAUGUCCCACCUCUACACACCAGUUUCUCCCAAAGUCCUUCCUCAAGCUGAGAAGCUGCGCUGUGCAGAGAAGCAGCUCUUCCCUGGGGUCGGGGACAUGGCCUCCCUGGUACUGGCCUUCUACCUCUCCAGCCUGUUUCCUGUGAAGCAAGAAUAAGGCACUCCCAGGCUGUCUCUCAGGGCUGCCUUGGGGACCCUGGGUGUUCAUGCCACAGCACCAAUGGUUUACUGUGGCCCAGGACUCACCUGCCACUCAGGGAAGAGACCACUGGCCUCAGCCUUCAGCAGCGUUGUCCUUGUGGGGCCACAUGCUGCAGGUGGCUUGGAGUCAGCAAACCCACCUCCCUCCCAUGAACCUCCCUUGCUAGGUGUCUUCUGCCUCCUCUGUGAAGUUCACUCCACGCCAUUCAUUCAUGCCAUGAAGAAAGAUCAGCCACAGAACCUCCUCAGUGAGCCUGACAUGGGUGCCAGAGUGCAUGUGUCUGUGUGGGAAGCUCUUCCGUGGAAGGUGUUGUGUGCCCUCCAGGUCUGACCCUGUGUCUGCAAAACCUCACUGGCUACAGACUCUGGCCUCCUGGGUCAGAGCUUGGGACCAGCAGGACGUGCCUGGCCCGCCCUCAGCAGAGAGAAAAUGCAAACAGCCUGCCACAGCCUACUGCCUUGUAUGUCGAGGCUGGACGGCAGCACUUCAAGUCCAAAGAGAGAUUGGGCCCUGUGACCAUCUGUACUCAGGCAAUACAGAUGGGUACUUUGUGGGUAGAGAGUUAUUUGAAAGAGGUCUCCUGCAAUCUCUGCCAUUCCCAAGAGGUUAAUGAUGUCUGCAGCAAGCGACUGGUUCUCUGUGCUCUGCUUUUUUUUUUUUUUUUUUUUUUAACUAAUUGCCCAUCAGUCAGGCCCAGGGCUAGCACCGUGACCCCUUGUGAGCCAUGGCCCCAACUGCUUCUGGCUUUCAUGGAUUCCACUGCAGAGAAAAUAAAAAUUAUUGACAACUAGUGUGCCCAGUACAGCGCCUCUAAGGAGGGGUGAGGUAGUAGGGGCAUUGCUAGGCUUGGAAGAGGUAGACCGAGGUGCUGAGCAGGGAAGGUUCAGUGGGAGAUGAGCCAGGAAGGCCUGUGGUCACUUCAGCCUGCCCCAAUGCUCAGCUGCUCUGAGCUGGGGAAGGGGAGGCAGCUCCAGGAGCUCAUAGAGAGCCCAGGAGGCGGAGCCUGCAGUGCUGCUCGGCAGGCUUAACCUGGGCAAUGAAGGGACUGGUAUUUGGCCUGCAGAGGCUGGCGAGGAGGAAGGGCAUCCAGAGCCUGGUGCAGGGCAGUGGGUGGGCAGCUACCCCAAGCCGACCAGGUCUCAGAGCCCCUGGGAUCCUUGAGCUGACCAGUGUCUGAAAAUAUAAGCAGCAUUCUUUUCAGCAGUAGCAGCCAGAGCUCCAACUUCAGGAAAGUCUGAAUCUUGCAGUUACAAAUUUACUUUUUUAAGGAGGCAAAAGGGAGCACUUGACCUUAAUGGACAGGAGCUAAGGGAAAAUUUAGGCGUGGGCCCUGCAUCUUGUUGCCCUGCUGAGCCCUGGGAGCCAGGAUGCCGGGACAUGUGUCUAGGACAUAGUGGGACAGUGGGCUGGGUCCUAAGGGGUCAGG